AUGUCAGUGGAGGCGCGGGAUGUGGAGGUUGAGGUCGACCUAUCGAAGCUCAUCGACGUCGGUCUCAGUUUCCUUCCCCUGCAGCUCACCAUUAAGGACAUCCUUCAGCGGCUUUCACAUCUGGAGAAGGAGAACGCCACGCAGAACAAUCACAUCGCCCAGCUGACGGCGAACAUGGCAGAGCUGGAGGCAGCGAACGAAGCCCUGCAGGAAGCUCAGCAAGAGCUUGCGGCUGCUGCCGUCGCGCAGGGCCCCGUGACCGUUCACGACAGCGUCAAGGAGGGCAAGGACGCUGAGGCAGAGCACAUGGCCAUCUGGGAAGAGAUGUCGCGGCUCAACGAGCUGCUCGGCGAGCUGCAAGACGACACCGAGCGAGGUCGGCACACCAUCGACGAGAUCUAUGCGGCUCGCAGGCAGCAGCACUACGCUGCAGGUACAGCGGGCGUCGUUUCACGCCACGCGUCGCUGAGCACUGCCAGCAAGUCCGCCGCCACUCCAUCUGCCCACUCGCUCGGCAAGGGUGCUAGGGGGUCUGGAAUGGCUUCCCCUGCGCGUGGCAUGAGCGCCGGCAGCGCCGCCACCUCUCAGAGACAACAAGACCCCGUCGAGGCUUCGGUGGUGUCGGUGCCGGUAGGUGACAUCAUCCUGAACAAGGCCCACGAAGCGCUCGAGCUGGUAUGGGAGGCUCCGUACUCUGCCUCCUGCGACUCCCGCGAGGUCAGCCAGCGCGCCGAGGGCGACCACGAAGUGGGCCUUCGUGGCAGCGAGGCUCGCGUUCAGUCCUCUUUGAGCGCGCUGCCCAUAUCCGUUAGUGGCGGUGCGCCUCCUCGCCGCGGUAUGUCUUCUGUGGAUGGCCCCUACGGACCUCAGGGUCGCUCGUCUGUUUCCUUCCUACAGUCUCGGCCCACCACUGUAUUGCAGGAGACCCGCACUGCUUUGUCAUCGCCCAAGACAACGUCUAACUCGUCUUUAAUGUGGACGGCGGCAGCGACUGGCGGUGAGGAUGCCGGCGAGCACCGUGAGGCGACCACCGCCAUCGUUGAGCCUGUGGCAUCUGUUCAGCAGCAACACCUGCGCCGGCCAAGCGUGUAUGCGGAGAAGCGCAUGGCAGUCGGUGCGGCGCGGCGCGUUUCUGCUCACAAUGCAGUCGGUGCCGGCGGCGCUUUUGAAAUCGGCUCGCCGACAACACCACCGUCUGUGUUCGACAAGCUCCGCCGCGACGGGGAGGAUAUCGCAUACCUGAACCGCGUCGUGGCCGAGAUUUUGGGAGAGAUGAAGGGGCUGCAGGAAGACGUUGGGCUCCUGCGUACGAACCACCCGGAGGCGGACGACGCGGCUACCUGGGCUGGUGUGGUAGUGGACAACGAUGACCUCGAUGGCUUGCGUCGACGAUUGGCACGCGUUGAGGGCGAUGCCAUGGAAGGCCGUAAGCACACGCAAGACCGCAACAGCCAGCUGCAGGGGGAGCUGGAUGAGCUGAAGAAGCAGCUGCGCGUGGCGCGCGGUCUCACAGAUGACGACGUGGACAAUCUGCGCCACGUCGUCAAUUUCGACGAGCGUUUGUCUCAGCUCGAGCAGCGCGUGCGUGCGUUGGAGGCUAGCCAGGGCAUGCUACGGGAACAGCUCGAGAGCGUACUCACCGUGGGCGAUGGCGCGUUGGAUGUGAAUGCUGUGCAGUUCGCCGCCCUUCAGGGUGCCGUCAAGGGGCUGGAGAAGCAGCUCAGUGAGCUGCUGGCUGCGCAGGAGGGCCAACGGGAUUGGACGGAUGACAUUCGCAAGCUAAACGAGGCCGUGAGGUCGGUAGAGGUGGCGGUUGAAUUGGCUCAGGACGCGCUGCAGCGCUUGCAGAGGGAGGCGGGCCGGCUGGACGAGGUGAAGGCGAACCGCACAGAGUUGCCGGAUGAGUCCCUUCUCGCGAAGGCGCAGCAACACAGCAGCAGCAGCGCCAGCGACGGGGCCGAUCUGGUCUCGCGCAUCUCGCGUGCUGAGGCGAAUAUCGAACGCCUCAGCGAGGGAAAGGCUGACCGCACCGCCCUCCACAAACUGCGCGAUGAGCUUAACGCUUUACGGCAGCUUGUUGAGCUGUCAAACGCACAACAUCGUGACAGCGGCGACGCCGAGGGCGGUAAGGCGAGCGCGGCGAUGGUGAACAUGCUUCGCGAGCUUCAAGGAGAUCUGAGCGCACUAAAGGAGGCGUACAACACGCGCUUCGCCGGCGGCGGGCUGGGCGGCGAGGAUGCCCAAAACCUGAAGGACCGCGUCGAGCGACUGGAGCACUGCAAGGCCGACGCUACCCUCGUGGCUAACAAGGCUGAGCGGGACUACGUUGAAAAUGCGCUGGAACGACUGAUGCGCGAGGUGGAGCAGGUAUUGAACGCAACUAACGCCGGCCUUAUCGACACCCUAGAAAAGUCACUCGGCAUUCUGCGCGACAUGAUCGACGGCAAGGCAACAAAGCAGGAUGUGGCGAACCUCCAAGGAUGGAUGGCAGAGUCGAACGUCGGCGGCGGCGCUGGCACGCCAGAUGGGCUGACUGGGUUCAAGGGCUUCCGCUGCCUUGGCUGCAACCGGCCAAUGGACAAUAUGCGGCCUCGCGCACUUCCAGCGACCAUGACCCCCUUCUUGAACCGCAAUCCGCAGAAUCAUCCGCAUGACAACGUUACUCGCACAAUCCAGCAGCAGCAGGCACCGCCACGUGUAGGGAGCGGCGGAGGUCAGGCUGCCUUUACUGGUGUCACCACCUCUUCCUUCCGCUCCGCCGGCAGCCCUGACGGGUCGUUCCACCGUAGCACCAAUAGCGAGCCGCUGCCUCCGAUAGAACCCAUGUAA